UAAAAUGUCCACUUAGUUUUUUUGUAACUAUUGGUCGCCGCUGUCACUAAACUAUUCGCUUACUAUUUGUUGACCAGAGUGUCCCCGGGGUCCCUGAAACUGAGCUCCCGCCUCACUACCCCUACGGCCCGCGCAUGAGCUUCCAAGGGGGCGGGGAGACAUGAGAGUCCCGGAGCAGGCGAGCUAGCAAAGAAGAGGAGUUGACACCGAGAGCCGAGCCCUCACGGCGGCAAACACCUCCCCGACUGCGGGGCCGUACGCGCCCCUCGGAGGACACUUUACGCACUCAUGUUAGUCUUGUGGAAACCGCACACGUUCGAGCGCGGCGACGAGGAAGAGGAAGAAGAGGCGGUAGCGAUGUUUCGAUGCAACCGAGGAGGAGUUCGGACUUAGCUUCCUCAAGUGACUUUGAAGCGGAUACAAGCCCGGGAAGCUGCGGAUUUAAAGAAGCCGCCAACGAGCUACUUUUUGGCCGGCUACUUAUCCCCGCCUGUUCCAUCGCCGGAGGAAGGUGAGGCGAGACAUGCAGGUGAAGAAGCACCGCGAGGAGCCGCACCGGAGCGGCGGCGACAUGCUGGAAGAGGACGCCCCCCGUAAAAAGACCUCCUGCUUCUCCAAUAUCAAGAUAUUCCUCAUUUCGGAAUGUGCGCUCGUAUUGGCGCAGGGCACCGUGGGAGCGUACCUGGUGAGCGUGCUGACCACCCUGGAGCGUCGCUUCAACCUGCAAAGCGCUGACGUCGGAGUGAUCGCCAGCAGCUUCGAAAUCGGCAACCUGGCGCUCAUCCUGUUUGUCAGCUAUUUCGGGGCCAAAGCGCACCGCCCCCGUUUAAUCGGGUGCGGUGGCAUCGUCAUGGCGCUGGGCGCCUUCCUUUCUGCGCUCCCUGAGUUUCUUGCCAGCCAGUACCAGAUAGGAGACACGUGGCGGACUGACCUGGGGCGGGACGUGUGCUCUAACAGCAGCCAGGACACUCAGUUGGCGGAGGACGCCGUGUGUGCCAACAGGGCCAACACCAACAUGAUGUACCUGCUGCUGAUCAUGGCUCAGGUGCUGCUGGGCAUCGGAGCCACGCCGGUGCAGCCCCUGGGGGUGUCUUACAUCGACGAUCACGUCAAGAAGAAAGACUCUUCUCUCUACAUAGGAAUCCUCUUUUCCACUCUGGUGUUCGGGCCUGCCUGUGGCUUCAUCCUGGGCUCAGUCUGCACUAAGUUUUAUGUGGAUGCCGUCUUCAUUGAUACCAAUAAGCUGAGCAUCACUCCCGAGGACCCGCGAUGGAUCGGGGCCUGGUGGGCGGGCUUCCUCCUGUGUGGUGCCUUACUCUUUAGCUCCGCCCUGCUGAUGUUCGGCUUCCCUCAGUCCCUGCCCACCAAGGAGAGGGAGGAGGGGCCGGACAGUGAGCAGACCAUGCUUCCUCCUGCUGCUCCUUUGAGUCCAGACUAUGAGGCUCCAAAGACCAGCAACGGUGCCAUGAGCAACCACGAACUGGCCAACAGCCCCACCUGCUGUCAGCAACUCAGGGUGAUCCCCAAAGUAACCAAACACCUGCUGUCGAAUCCCGUCUUCACCUGCAUCAUCCUAGCGGCCUGCAUGGAGAUCGCCGUGGUGGCAGGUUUCGCCGCCUUCUUGGGCAAAUACCUCGAGCAGCAGUUCAACCUCACCACCACCUCAGCAAACCAGCUGUUAGGCAUGACUGCUAUUCCGUGCGCGUGUCUGGGAAUUUUCAUGGGUGGCCUGCUGGUGAAGAAGCUCAACUUGUCGGCACUUGGAGCAAUCCGCAUGGCCAUGCUGGUCAACCUGAUCUCCACCGCGUGCUACAUCUCCCUCCUGUUCCUGGGCUGCAACACGGGCUCCGUUGCUGGGGUCACGGUCAUGUACGGCAACAGUACUCUGCAGGUGGGCGUCAAACCAGAAGCUCCGUGCUUCAAUCACUGCAACUGCUUCACCUCCUCCAUCAGUCCCGUGUGCGGCUCCAACGGCGUCACCUACCUGUCGGGCUGCUUCGCCGGCUGCACCCACAACCUCGCUCAGAACCUGAGUGGAUGUUCGUGUAUAUCUGCUGACAGCGAGUUAGCCACAGCUGUUCCAGGAAAAUGUCCGACAGCCGGCUGCCAGGAGGCCUUUCUCAUCUUCCUGUGCGUCAUCUGCGUGUGCAGCUUGGUGGGAGCCAUGGCCCAGACACCUUCUGUUAUCGUCCUCAUCAGGACUGUGACCCCUGAACUGAAGUCAUACGCUCUUGGAGUGUUGUUUCUUUUGCUGCGACUUUUGGGGUUCAUCCCGCCUCCGCUCAUCUUCGGCGCCGGGAUCGACUCCACCUGCCUUUUCUGGAGUUCGGACUGCGGCGACAGAGGCGCCUGCUUGUUGUACGACAACCUGGCCUACAGGCGUCUGUACGUCAGCCUGGCCAUCAUCCUGAAAGCCGUGGCCUUCCUCCUGUACGCCACCACGUGGUACUGCCUGCGCCGCAACUACAACACCUACAUCAAAAGUCACGAGGCUCAAAUGUCGCCCAGCGAGUUCUACCCGUCGCUCUCCGACGGGCCCAAACUAUCGGACAGGACAAAAUUCAUCUACAACCUAGAAGAUAACGAGCGUUGUGAAAACAUGGAGUCUGUUUUGUAGGCCGUGAAGCCACAAGGACGGCGUGGACUUUUCAUGCUCUGCUGUCCUCAAUACAAGGGUCCAUUUUUAGCUGCGUGGUAGACUCGAGGAGCUUGUUUGUGUUGUUGCUAGGCAGACAAAGACAAGACACGUUAGCUUAGCUGAUCGACUGCAGUGGCGUUACAACUACUGGCUGCCAUAUUCUUUUAGCUCUGUCAUGGCCGCAGGAAUGUGUGGGAGAACAUGACCAUCGCACUUACCGAGGAGUACCAGGACCACGCGUAAAGGAAAAAGAUUAGGGAAAAAACUUUGGAAUAAUAUGAGAAUUUUUUUAAAUUUUACCCACAAAAUAAUUUUUAUGAGAAUAAAGUAACUAUUUUAGAGGUCGGCAAUAGGGGUCCACAGAGGAACUGCAGCGUGGUUAUGACAUUUGUAUUUGUUUUAUAUCCCACCUGCAAUUUACCCACAAAUGUAAUGUCUUUAAAUACACCUUAACAUUGUUGUUUAGAUGGCAGUGACAUGGCCAGCCUACUCACUGUUGUCCCUUGCAGGUUUGAAACAAAACAUGAAAAUUAUACUGCAUUAUUAUAACAGUCCUAGGAAUUAGGCUAGCUAGAUAUUAGCCUCGCUAUACUGUAUUCUCUGAAUAUCUAAUGGUGCGUUCCAUUUGUUCUGGGGAAUCGGAAUUUCAGAGUUCAUAGUCGGAAGUUUCAACUGGAAUGCCCCUCAAGGUCGGAUUUCCUACUCGGAAAGUGGGAGCAUUUUGAUUGUAAACAAUAAUAUAAGCUUCAAUAGUAUCCGUUAUUAGCACUUCUGGUUAGUUUUUGUCGCACUAAAUCAGCCAUAUACUAUGUAUUGUUGGCUGUUUAUACCUGUAUAUACCCUAUUUUUCGGACUCCAAGCCGCUACUUUUUUCCUAUGCUUUGAACCCUGCGGCUUAUAAAACAGUGCGGCUAAUUUAUGGAUUGGUCAUAUUGAAUGGUCAUAAUGUUUUUUAUUCAACAAAUAGUUUUCAUAAAACACCGACAGACACUGAAAAUGUGUGUUAUUGUUUGUACUAUGACGCCGUCUUUUCGACAAGUUUGCUCAAUGCCGGUGCUGCGGUUUGAAAAUGUACUUCCUGGAAGUAUAACCGUCUAUAGCAUUUCUUCUCGAAAGGAUACUUCAUUCGUCACUCCAAACAACGUUAGUAAGUUUUAUAAUACAACUAAAACAAUUUCUACUUACUAACACCUCCCAUGUGUGAUGUCUGUAGGAGUGUUUUCAUGCAUAUUUGUAUGCGCUGUCGUAACGUAAUCGAGCUAGUGUCAUUGGCAUUAGCGAAUAUGCUAACACGUUUACAAGUGUCUGUCAGCAUUUUUAACUUACAAUGGCAUUCUUUUUGUAUUGUUUCAGUUUCUAAAAUUCACCAAAACGUCACUGUAGAGUUAAUGAGUCUGUUUAGCUGAUAGGAGAGCUAGCUUCCGCAGCUAGUGGGUCCAUGACGAUGACUUCUAUUUUGUUUGAUCAGCCGUUUUACUGCUGUGUGACAGGCACCGUUUGCAAACAAUUAAGAUAUGUAAAUAAACAUUUACAAACAUCUGUAAUACUGGCAUAUAUCUAUGGCUUAAGGGCUGGUGCGGCUAAUAUAUGUACAAAUAUUUAUUUCUUCUCAAUUUUGGUGAGUGCAGCUUAAAUACCGGUGCACUCUAUAGCCCGUAAAAUAUGGUAGUAACAAUUCUGUUUGGUUUUCAUGUGGUAUUUACGUUCUGCAUCGCCAGCAAUAGCAUUUCCUCUUCAUCCACCGUGUUUGAAGCUUGCAGAAAGAGUGCAAAUUUCCCAUAAGUUGUUAAUAUUCAGACAAGGCAAGCGCAAGAAUAGCUUUAGUGGGUGUGGCCAUCUUGAUUUCCGAACCUCAUAGCUGGAACGCUCACAACUCGGCUCCGACUUCCAACUUUCGAGGUAAAUGGAUCGCAGGAAUAGUAUUGCAUACCUUAAGGACUUUUUUUUAAAAUCGCAAACAAUUUUAUACACGAUACAUAAAUAGGGGGUCCUCGCUCUAUCUCUCCAUCAGUUUGGGAAUAAUUGGCCUGGAAAACAUUGAAGACCCUCUGAUUUGGAAUAUUAGAAACAUUCUUAGAAAAAUGCAACUCGUAGCUUGUCACUUUAUUCCUGAAACAUUUCUGCAAAGAUACAAUAUAAAAUAUGAAUAAUGUAUAUUUUAUCCUCUCAACAUUUCUCUGGUAAUAUAGCAAUUGUAUUCUCUUUUUUUAUUCAUAACAUUUUUCUCGUCAUUUUAUUUCUUGCCGUACGUGUGGCCCUGGUCCUCCUUGGUACUGCUAUCCGUACUGUAUGCAUCAGCCAGGUUUUUACUGUAUUGACGUGGGGGUGGUUGUACGUUAGCACAUACGUUGCCAAGUGUUUACAGUCAUUUCACCAGUAAGCGGAAUUACCCUGACUUUAUUUACUUCUCUAGUGGCCAUUUAGAUUGGGAUGAAAGCAAACUGACGGUGUUGGGUGUCGCUUGUGUCGUCCGCGCUGCUUGGACAUGUGUUACAUCACACUCCUUUUGUCUUUGCGUCACAGCACAUCAGCCUAAUUUGUCUUAAGAAGGGAUUCUACAAAUAAGAUGUGUAUUUUCUUUGGACUCCUGCUGAGGAGAUUAGGAGUAAUAUAUUUGUAUUGGAGGCCCUGAACGCCCCAUUAUAUUGAUGUCAAUGCCUAUAUUCUAUAUUUACUAUAUGAUGUCACAUGAGAAGAUUUGCAGUGAACGUAGUAGAAACACAAAGUGUGUCUUCAGACUAGUUCUGUGGUAGCUGCAGACACUACACACGCGUUUCUUCCUGGCGCGUGUGUGGACAAUUUCCAUUUUAAGGCGACUUGUUACGAUGCUACUGAUCUCUGCAGUUCUAGUUUUGACCUUGUCCUCUUUUCUUACUCUUUUUGUAUGGAUGGCAAUUAUUUUACUCUGGAAAUAAAUACUUUUUCA